CGAGGACUGGGCGGAGGGGCCGCCGGGUGCUGGGCUGGGGCCGGUGCGGGGAGGGGGAGGAGGAUGGGGGGGAGGGCGAAGAGGACAGCGGAGCCGGCCGGACACGGACAGCUCUGUCGCUCCCUCCCUCGGCUCAUCCUGGAGUCCCCACUUCCCUCCUCCCCUCGCUCUGAGCAGCAUCCUCUGCAGACCGUGGGUCCUCACUCCUGGGGUCCUCCUGUUUCCGCGGUUCCGUGUAAUUACCUCCUAUUACCUGCCAACCCGGGAACUUUCUCUGCCCUCACUCGGGAGUGGGGGGUUGCUUUGCCUGGGGGUUUUCUCCUGGGGUUCACUGGGGGCAGUCUCUAGAGAAGGGUUUAAGGUUCCCAGAGAGACGCCUGCCAGCCUCAGCCUGCCUCCAGCUGGGCUGCCGUCGGGUCUCGGCAUCCUCUCUUCCCUUCUCCCCUAACCAUGACCGAAAUGAGCGAGAAGGAGAACGAACCGGAUGACACGGCCACCUACACCUCCCCGGGGACCGUCUCUGCCCUCCAGGAAACCAAGCUCCAGCGGUUCAAGCGCUCGCUUUCUCUCAAGACCAUCCUCCGAAGUAAGAGUGUGGAGAACUUCUUCCUUCGCUCGGGCUCUGAGCUCAAGUGUCCCACCGAGGUGCUCCUGACGCCCCCGACCCCACUGCCCCCUCCCUCUCCACCUCUGGCCUCCACGGAGAGGGGCCUAUCCACCCCAGCCCCGUCCCCCUGCCCCAUCCCCCGCCCCCUGGCACCACUCAAACCAGUGAGGCUGCACAGCUUCCAAGAACACGUCUUCAAGCGAGCCAGCCCCUGUGAGCUGUGCCACCAGCUCAUUGUGGGAAACUCCAAGCAGGGCUUGCGGUGUAAGACUUGCAAAGCCAGCGUCCACCUCUGGUGCUCCGAGGAGAUCUCCCACCAGCAAUGCCCAGGCAAGACGUCCUCCUCCUUCCGCCGCAACUUCAGCUCCCCUCUCCUGGUGCAUAAUCCGCCACCAGCCUGUGCCACAAGCAAAGAGUCCUCACCCACGGGGGCCAGCGGGAAGGUGGACCCUGUCUAUGAGACCCUGCGCUAUGGCACCUCCUUGGCCCUGAUGAACCGCUCCAGCUUCAGCAGCACCUCUGAGUCCCCCACACAGAGCCUGAGCGAGCGGGAUGAGCUGACCGAGGAUGGGGAAGGCAGCAUCCGCAGUUCAGAGGAGUGCCCUGGUGACAGCGUAUUCACAGCCCCGGCUGAGAGCGAAGGGUCAGGACCAGAGGAGAAGAGCCCUGGACAGCAGCCCCCCAGGCCCCCGCUACGGAAGGAUGUGGGGCCCAUGUACUCCUACGUCGCGCUCUACAAGUUUCUGCCCCAGGAGAACAAUGAUCUGGCUUUGCAGCCUGGAGAUCGGAUCAUGCUGGUGGAUGACUCGAACGAGGACUGGUGGAAGGGCAAGAUUGGUGACCGGGUUGGCUUCUUCCCAGCCAAUUUUGUGCAGCGGGUGAGGCCGGGAGAGAACGUUUGGCGCUGCUGCCAACCCUUCUCCGGGAACAAGGAACAAGGCUACAUGAGCCUCAAGGAGAACCAGAUCUGUGUGGGCGUGGGCAGGACCAAGGAUGCUGACGGCUUCAUCCGCGUCAGCAGUGGCAAGAAACGGGGCCUGGUGCCAGCCGACGCCCUGACCGAGAUCUGAGAGGAGCCACGAGAACCCAGAUGCCACCCCUGCCUGUGCCCGGUCCUCGCUUCUGGCCCCAGGAGGGGAGCAGGCAUCUGCCCACACUCUUCCUCCCUCCUUCUCUCCUCAGGGCCACUCACCAUGGCUUGGGAGCCUUCUGCACUGAGGAAUGUUUUAUUUCUUGGGCCCUAGGGUGCCCUGAGGAGGUUGCUGCUCUGAGAUUUGGGGGCAGAGAGGAAGAAAAAGUGGGAGGGAAUGCGAAGUUUCUAGUAGCUCCACCCAGAGCCCAGGGACUGCCAGUCCAGUUGCCAUGCUGAAUUCAGCCCUGAGAAGAAGUUCCCAGGGAACUUCUCUGCUGCCUCUUCCAGCGCCUUCCCACGCCACACCCUCACCACUCUGCAUGCCUGAUGGCUCCCCUCUCCUCACAGAGCCUCUGCUCGGGUCUCUCUGUGUGUGACCUUGCAGCUGCCCCUUUGGAAGUGGGACCUCGGGAAGGUGCUUCCCGGGUCCCUUAGCCCUCCACCUUCAGUGGGGAGGAAAUUCGGGACAUCUUGAGUCCACCUCCUGGCCUCACCACCUCUGUCACUCCAUCACUUCUCAGGAAAGUUCUGCAGUUCUCUCUCCCAUUACUUGAAACCUAGGUGGACAGAGGAGGGGAGGGCUGAGGUCUGGCAAGGGUAUGGCACAGAGACUGCCCCCUCAAGGAGGAGAGUCACCACAGAGCAGCCUCACCCUACUGUUGUUAGCUGGAAAAGGACACCCAAGAGCAGCCUGAACACAGAAACCCAACUGAGAAUGAAAAACUGGCCCAUGCCCGGUCAGAACAACCCCCAUGUCACUGUCAGGACACUAAAAGCCCCCAGUGGCGGGACUGACCACCUGGGAAGGCCGUACUACUCAGUUUCUGUCGGAGUUGAGGGGGCCCCUGCCCACCCCAGGAGUGCCACCCUCAGGGCUGACCUCGCAAUGGCCCUCCCUCACCCCUCCCUUCGGCCUUUGCAGGGGACAGGGCUGCUCUUUCAGGGGUCCCUUUUCUAGCUGUAUCUGCUCCCUCUCCCAGGACACAGAUCCCUGGGAGGAAGAGAGAGUGGGAGACAGAUAAAGAAUUCUGUUUGGCCACCAGGAAAGGAAGAGAGUAGGCACCUUCGGGGGAUGGGGACACACAAAGAGGACCCCUCCCUUGCAGGUUGCUUUUCUCUGGUACCAACCUCUCUCUCCCCAAGCUCAGAGCCUCCUCUUGUGCCCUUGAUCAUGCCAGCCAAUGCCACCCCCAUCCUGGGCACAGUCAUACGUCCUCCCACCCACUGCCCCCUGCCCUACUUCUCCCUCGCAGAGGGGGGCUUAAGCCACACUGCCCUGUUUGCUGCCAUGAGGCCCCUCCCCCAGCAAUAUCCCAGGGGCGGGCCCAGUGCCCACUGUACAUGAGGCUGCAUGAUGGGUCUGCUGGGGCAUUGCUGAGCCCCCAGGCCCCUAAUUAAAUGUUUCUUGUCCCAA